GCUUCCCCUCCCCCUCUCCCUCCCACGGGGGCUCCGGGCCCGGCGGGACCAUGUUCACCAGCACUGGCUCCAGUGGGCUUUACAAGGCCCCUCUGUCCAAGAGUCUCCUACUGGUCCCCAGUGCCCUGUCCCUUUUGCUGGCCCUCCUCCUGCCGCACUGUCAGAAGUUCUUCCUGUAUGACCUCCAGGCGGUGAAGGAUGACUUCCAGAUUUGGAGGCUGAUAUGUGGAAGAAUUAUCUGCCUUGAUCUGAAAGAUACUUUCUGCAGUAGUCUGCUUAUUUAUAAUUUUAGGAUAUUUGAAAGAAGAUUUGGCAGCAGAAAAUUUGCAUCCUUCUUGCUGGGUUCCUGGGUUUUGUCUGCAUUUUUUGACUUCAUCCUCGUUGAAGCUCUGCAGUAUUCAUUUGGUAUCACUACAGCCAGUAAUUUGCCUUCUGGAUUCCUGGCACCUGUGUUUGCUCUGUUUGUACCAUUUUACUGCUCCAUACCAAGAGUCCAAGUGGCACAAAUUCUGGGCCAGUUUUCCAUCACCAACAAGACAUUGAUUUAUAUAUUAGGACUACAGCUUUUCACCUCUGGUUCCUACAUCUGGAUUGUAGCCAUAAGUGGACUUAUUUCCGGUAUGUGCUACAACAGCAGGGUGUUAAAAAUUCAUCAGGUGCUCUGCAUUCCUAGCUGGAUGGCCAAGUUAUUUUCUUGGACCCUUGAGCCCAUUUUCUCAUCUUCAGAACCCACCAGCGAAGCCAGAAUCGGAAUGGGAGCCACAGUAGACAUCCAGAGACAACAAAGAAUGGAGCUGCUUGACCGCCAGCUGACGCUCUCUCAGUUUGCUCACGCAAGGCGACAAAGGCAGCGGCAGGGAGGAAUGAUCAAUUGGAAUCGUCUUUUCCCCCCUUUACGUCAGCAACGAAGUGUAAACUAUCAGGAUGAUCGGCCGUCUGAACAACAGGCAUCCCCUCCUCUAGAAGCUUCUGAGGAACAGGAUGAGUACAAACGUAAAACUGAAAAGCAGCAGAAAUAAAUUAACCAACUGUAUUUCAUAUGAAUAACAAUCACACUGAAGGGAGAAUUAAUACCGGUAAGUUUUGAACAUAGUAUAUCCUCUGCCUAAAGAAAAAUAAAAAGAACUGCAGAUACAUCUUACACUCUUCUUAGUAGGUACUUUUCAUUGUGGAUGAGUACAGCAAUUCUAAAAUUAUGUUGUCUGUAUUGUAGGCUUGAGCAUGUGAGUAAAUAUAUUGCUCUUUCAGUGGAAGAAGAAAAAUACAAAUAUGGAACAGGAAAAGGCAAGGAAGAACCUUGUGGGGUUGGAUUGGAAUUAGAGGUAUCGGCAUGAACUCAUGACUUAAGUAAAUGUAUUGUGUGUCCCUUACCUCUGUUGGAUGAAAGGGCUCAGAAGCCAUGACAUCUCAGUAGCAGUGGCAUACCCAGUGUCCAGAUCUUGGUUUUUAAAUACCUUUCCCCACUGAAAGGAACCAGGCCUCUUGAGAGAAAUGGUGAAUCCCAGGCCCCAGGUAAGGAAGAUACAAGGUGAUCCUGGAACAGCUUCUGCUAGGAGUAAGAAGGUGCUAAAUGACUGAUGGGAGCAUGCCACAGGGCACUGGAGCAGUGUGACCCCACAGGCCAAUUGUGGGACACCUGUGGGAUCAAAUUCUGACACCAGAUUUGAACAUCAAAAUAAAAAAGGAAAGUAAUGUAAUAUAAUCCACUGGGGGGAGGCGGAAUCCCUGAGUUCAUACAGAUAUUAAUAAAUAAAUAAUUAUUUAUAUACACCCAUACACAUACACACACGGGGGAAAGGAAAUGCUUUUCCUUUCAGUAGAAUACCAAGUAAUAAAUGUAAAAGAAUGAUAAUGGUAUUGGAAAAUUACAGUAUUGUAACCUUCAUAGUAAAAUCAAUUCAAGGAGGAAUCGUCAAUAUAUGAAGAAUAGGAUACUUACAUAGUCUCUAAGUGUCUCCCCACAAAUUACUUAUUAAUUAUAAAAGGAAAUUACUAACUAUACAGUGGAGAAAUUGAAUGCCAUCUUGACCAAGUUAUCCAAAGGAACAUCACCAGUAAUGACACAAGCAGGCGUCAGGUGCCUCCAGAUGUGAUACCCUGAAAAGGACGUACCAGUUACGUACUGCAACCAAAAAUGCAUAGCUUUAAUUUAAUCAUAGAUAAAAGUCAGGCAGAACCAAUUUGGGGAACAUUCUAUAACAUGCUUAGCCUUUAUUCCUCGAAAAUCCCCGAUCAUAAACUGUUACAGAUUAAAGGAAACCAAGGAGACAUGAUAACUAAAUGUUAUACAUGACCUGGGACUCAAUUCUGUACGGGGGAAAAAAUUUUGGUGCAAAGGACAUUUUAGGGUCAAUUGAUGAAACUGGACUGCAGAUUAGAUUAUUAUUGUGUAAAUGUUAAAUUUCUGGAACUUGGUAACUGUACUGUGGUUAGGAAAGAGAAUUAUCCUUGUUCUUAGGAAAUACGCACUGAAGAAUUAGGGGUAAAGGCACAUGAUGAAUGCAACCUACUCUCAAUGGCUUAGGAAACAUUUUGUGUGUGUGUGUACGUAGACAAAGUGAGAGACAGAGAGAGAAAGCAACUGUGGCAAAGCAACAAUUGGUGAAUCUGGAUGAAGGGUAAGCCGGGCUUCUCAGUACUAUUUUUGCAAUUUUUCGAAAAAUACGCAAUUAUUCCAAACUAGAAAGUUUAAAAACUAUUGAUAAAAGUUUCAGCAUUGUGGUGCUAACACUUGGCAGUGUGCUUCCUUAUGUGUUAUCCUCUCAUCACACAUGACAAAAUCAAAGCUAGCUGUUUGCAGCUGCCCACAGCGUCCAGGCCAUGUUGUUGUGUUGUUGCUAGGUGCCGACGAGACAGUGCUAACUCAUAGUGACCCGGUCGGUG